UGCAAAAACAAACUCGGAAGGGAAGUAUGUGUGUUGCUCUAUGAUUCUCAAUAACAACAAGCUCCCAAACCUUGUUGGCUUCCUUGACGUUCUCAAUCAUUUUGUGGAUCAACCAUUGAAACUCAUGUGGCUGGACAUGUCCUUCAACAAGCUCAAAAACAUAGACCCGGUUUUGUGCAAGCUGCGUGAGCUGCGUGUGCUGUACUUGCACGGCAACAGAAUCACGAAGAUUGCAGAGGUAGACAAGCUGAGAGAGCUGCAGCAUCUACGCACCAUCACGCUACAUGGGAAUGAAAUCGAAAACCAAAAAGGCUACAGGAGAUAUGUGAUUUCCAACUUGACUCAGUUGAAGAUGAUGGACUUUAGUGCUGUAACACGUGACGAACGAGUGAUGGCGGGUAUUUGGCGUCACAGCAAGAUCCAAAGCAAAGGCACCAAGGAGAGUUCCCAGUGA